CUUCGCUUUGUAUAGCCAAUUCUCAAUCAUGCAGCUUAACGUUUUGUUGGUUUUUCUUGCUACCAUUAUUGGACUUGCCAGUGCGCAAUGGGGGUAUGGUCGCCCAUAUGGAGGAUAUGGUGGAUAUGGUGGUGGCUAUGGAGGAUACGGACCACGACCAUGGGGACCGAGACCUUGGGGUCCACGUCCAACAGUUAUUGAGAAGACGGUCAUUAUCAGAAAUGGACCAUGGGCUCACAAAGUCUAAUUUUUUUGUAUGUAUAUUUCUCUAUGUGUGCUUCUUUUUCAAUUGACAAUGAAGAUGUUUCUUCACUA